AUGCAAUGGGAUAAUAUCGGAUCGUUUUUGUCAUUGCAGGCAUUGGACUCGAGGCUGAAGCCUCGUAGCGACAAUAAACGGCGUCAAAAGAUGAUCAUGAGCGCCGGAAGGCCUUUGUGGAAUACUGUAGAGUUCAAGUUCUAUUACGUGGCGUUUCUAAUUGUGGUACCUUUGAUGAUAAAGUCAGCGAUGUCUGCCAGCAAUGAGACGAGUCCUAACUAUUACAGAUUUGAGGGACUUCUGAGUCCCGGGUGGAUUUUUGGGCGAAAAGUCGAUAAUAGUGACAGCCAGUACCGAUUUUUCCGAGAUAACUUACCGCUGUUAAUUGGCUUAGUCGUUAUGCACACUUCAUUAAAGCGAGUUUGUCUUUUUGCAUUUAAGACUACUAGAAACCGGUUUGACCUGGUUUUUGGAUUAAUAUUCCUCAUCGGGGCUCACGGCGUGAGUUCCCUGCGGAUCAUGGCCCACCUUUUGACCAAUUACUACAUCGCCAAGUCACUAAAGCGACACCCUGGCUAUGGCCGUUUCUUUACAUGGGUAUAUGGGAUCAGUACUCUUUUCAUCAAUGACAAUUUCAGAGCUUACCCUUUUGGCAAUAUUUUACCAUUUUUAUCUCCCUUGGACUCAAGCUUCAAGGGCAUAAUUGCGAGAUGGGAUGUGUUCUUCAAUUUCACACUUUUGAGGAUGAUCAGCUUUAACAUGGACUUUUUGGCCAGAUACUCCGACGUUACUGGCAAAGAGCCCACGCCGUCACCUCCACCUUGCUUCGAAAAGCCCGCUUUGAGCCGCUCAGCUUCAUCGACGACCAAAUUGGAAACGAUAUGCGAAAACGGGUCGAACUCCAUAUUAACUGACGAGCAUGCUAGACUCGCGGCACCUCAUCACAUACAAGACUAUUCCCUAGCAAAUUACCUUGCGUACAUCACAUACACCCCGCUGUUCAUUGCAGGUCCUAUAAUAACUUUCAAUGAUUACCUUUACCAAACUAAGCAUCUGUUGCCAACAAUUACAAGAAAGGGAAUAAUAAUGUAUGCUCUGAGAUUUUUGUUUUGUGUUCUCACGAUGGAAGUUGUGCUUCACUACAUUUAUGUUGUCGCGGUCUCGAAAACAAAGGCGUGGGACAACGACACUCCUUUCCAAAUCUCAAUGAUUGGAUUGUUCAAUCUCAAUAUUGUCUGGCUCAAACUGCUAAUUCCAUGGAGACUGUUCAGACUUUGGGCAAUGGUUGAUGGCAUAGAUGUACCUGAAAAUAUGAUUCGCUGUAUGAAUAAUAACUACAGUGCUUUGGCCUUUUGGAGAUCGUGGCACAGAAGCUUCAACAAAUGGGUACUUCGCUACAUAUACAUUCCGCUGGGUGGAUCGAAUAACAGAAUACUGACCACGCUUGCCGUGUUUUCUUUCGUUGCUAUUUGGCACGAUAUAGAGCUGAAGUUGCUACUUUGGGGCUGGUUAAUAGUGUUAUUCCUAAUACCAGAGAUAUUUGCGACGCAGUAUUUCUCAAAAUACCAGAGAAAGCCAUGGUAUCGCUUCGUUUGUGGGGCCGGCGCAGUUUCGAAUAUAUGGCUGAUGAUGAUUGCUAACUUAUUUGGGUUUUGCUUGGGGUAUGAUGGCACAGUCAAACUAAUAAAAGAUAUGUUUCUGACCUUUGAUGGCAUCAAAUUCACUGUUUGUGCCAAUGCCGCUCUUUUCAUCGCAGUUCAGGUCAUGUUUGAACAACGUGAGAGCGAAAAAAGGCAGGGAAUAAAUGUUAAAUGCUGA